CAGUAGCGCCAGGUCAGGAUUCAGCUGUGUUAACUAAAGAUCCCCGGAUCCCGCUCCUGCUAUGAGGUAGCAACAAACCCGUUUUAUCUUCAGUUUAACGAUGUUGACCAUUAAGGUUAAUUCAGCGAGUUCCUCCGCUCCAUAACCAGGUAUCUCCUCAUUACAAAUGCAGGAUGCGGUGCAGUCCCGGCUCCGUGCUUAACCUGGUGCGCAGCGGGCGCCUGCGAUUGUGCAGCAGACGAGGGAGGAACCGACUCCCCUUGUGGCUCAGGAAAAUAUGUCUUUACAUGAGGCUGGUGGUGCAGUCGCUUUGUUUCAGUGCUCUCACAGACUCUGAUGUAGUCUUUGACUCCAUCUUUGAGCCAGUGUUUUGGACUGUGGAUUAUGUCACGCGCUGGUUUGGCUUGGUGUUUGUUUGUCUGGUGGUGAUUCUGACCAGCUCCAUUGUGGUGAUAGCCUACAUAGUGCUUCUUCCUCUGAUCUUAAACACUUACUCUCCCCCAUGGAUUGCUUGGCACAUUUGUUACGGACACUGGAACCUCGUCAUGAUCGCUUUUCACUACUACAAAGCUGCCAAGACUUCCCCUGGAUAUCCCCCCACAGAGAAAAACGACAGGCCAUUUGUGUCGGUCUGUAAAAAGUGCAUCAUGCCUAAACCAGCAAGAACACAUCACUGUGGUAUCUGUAACAGGUGCAUUCUUAAAAUGGACCAUCAUUGCCCCUGGUUAAAUAACUGUGUGGGUCAUUUUAACCACCGGUACUUCUUCUCUUUCUGCCUUUUCAUGACCCUGGGCUGUGUCUACUGUAGCAUCAGUGGCAGAAACCUGUUCCUGGACGCAUACCACGCUCUUGAGCGGUUUAAGCAUUCCGAUUUGGAAAAGCCGGGGGUUCCUGUAACUGGGAUAGGACUUCUUAUAGGGCUUCUCCCAUCUGGCCAGACCAACUUCCAGACACCUGCUCCUCCAUACACCUUUCAGGAGAGGAUGAUUCAUAAGAGCAUCAUCUAUAUGUGGGUUCUCACCAGCACCGUGGGCGUGGCUCUGGGCGCUCUCACUGUUUGGCAUGCAGUUCUCAUAUCCAGAGGGGAGACGAGCAUUGAGAGGCACAUUAACAAGAAAGAAAGACAGAGAAUAGCAGCAUGGGGAAAGGUUUACAGAAACCAUUUUAACUACGGCAAGCUGAACAACUGGAAAGUCUUUUUUGGGGUGGAGAAAAAAAGUCACUGGGUGACACGCAUCCUGCUUCCCUCUGGACAUCCGCCACAUGGUGACGGCUUGACGUGGGACAUCUUCCCAGUUAGAAAGGACUUGACACCUGUAUGACAGACUGGUUCAACAAAGCUGUAGGCUGAAAUCAUUGCUCUGUCAACCCACUUUAUCCAGUUACCUCGCAGGUUCUGACUUGGCGACUCUACUGGGCACUAUCAACCUCCAUUACCUCACUAAAACAGGGAUUGCAUAUGGAUUCAUAAUAUAAAUAUUUCUUGCAAACUGACUUUACUUGAGUCUGAGCAUUGUGUUGACAUGUGUAUAAGAUAAAGAAAAAUCAAAAAUACUUACUGAAUUAUCUGUUGAAAUAUUUUUAAGCUAAAGUACUUUAUUUCAUUUUUUGUUUUUUGCCCAGUUUGUUUUAUAUUUAAAAUUAAAUAUUAUCCAAACAUGAGAGACACUAAAGUAGUUUAACUCUUUCCCUGCAUUUUCCAUGUUAAUUCAUCACAAGCCACUCUGAAAGUACCGUGUGCUUAAAAACCAUUCAUUUCCAUUCAAACACAGUAUCCUGACUGUUAUUAACCUCAAUUUUGCAUAUGUUAAUAAACGUUUACUACAUUUUUUAAAAUAA